AUGUCAGAAAACACAUUGUCAUUCAGAGCUUUACAACUAGCCAACGAACAACGGACUGCUUAUGGUCUCCGGUAUAAUGAUUUCACGCGAUACAGGAAGCACUGCGCCAAUAGGACACAUCGUCUUCGGUCUACCCUCAAAAUGACCCAUGGCAAGGGCCGAGAAUUCAAGAAACUGCCUCCCUUAAGCACAGAUAACAUCAAGGAUGGACACUUGGAGCUUCUACUCCUUGAGUCAGAACGUGCCUGGGCUUACUCUCAGGAUCUCAUCACCCAGUCCCUUCAGCCAGCCAAUGAAGACCAGGCUGGAACCCUGCGGCAUAGUGCUACAGGGCGCUUCCGCCGUGCAGUACACUGGUCGACGCAACUUCUAUCGCACUGUCAAUCUCUAUAUUCGUCUUCACAUCUCUCCGCAGAAGGGCUCAUGCAGAUCACUAUCUACACACUCAUCCUCAACGGUCGCUUCCUGCGAUACCGGGAUAACUUCGAGGACGCAUUGAUCCAGCUUAGCGUUGCAAGGCACCUUCUCGACGAACUUGUUGAUCGUGCUGCGACAAGCAGAGACCAAGCUCUCGCAACAGUAUUUGCAGAUGACAUUGGCCCUGAAAUCAGGUAUUGCGCACAUGAGCUUGGAAGGGAGAGGGCUUAUGAUGUAGAUGCGAUCGCUGCUGAGUUGUCGGAAAAGCAUCGAGGGGAGAUCGUAGAGGGAUGCGAUGCUCUGAUUGAGAAAUUUAGGCAGGAGGGAGAGGUGGCUGGGAAAGGUGAAGGGAGGAAAAAGUUGGCGACUUUGAUGUGGGAAGGACUGCCGGUGCCGGUGCGCAAUCCAGAGUUGGUGGAUGUGUUGCUGCGGGUGCAAGAGGCAGAGGCGAAGAUUACACAGUCACGCGAGCCUGCUGGGGCAGAGGGCGCUAGCGAUAAGGGGAGGAAGGGCAAGUCUGGUGGCCAUGGGUCCAAGAAGGGCGUUGCCGCAUAUGAUGCUAUUCUCCUCGCUCUUAGCGAUGCUGAAGAAGUGGCCAGGAAAUUGGUUGAAGCACAACAGAAUUCUGGAAGUUCAUCUACCUCUGCGGCCGGCACACGUGAUAUCCAAUUUGUUCACGCUUACAUUGUCUACCAAUUGAUCUCUCGUCGUAUCCAGCGUGAUCUUCUCCUAGUCUCUGCUCUGCUCACCUCGCAUCGACCCCAGACCACUCCAAAGCCAAAGAAAGAGCAUGUCGACGCCCGUCUUUAUCCAGCAGUGGUUAAGCUCCUGGAUACUGUUAUCCAAGGUCUUGCCCAGAUGCGCAACUUGAGCAUUGUGGACGAGAGCCCUGACCUAGCGGCUGCUGUUGAGGCUCGUCUCACAUUUACCAAAGCCCGCAGAUGUUCUUAUCUCGCACAAUGCUAUGUAGCCGUGAAAAAAUACGCCGAAGCGCUCUCAUUGAUCCAACACGCAACCAUUUAUCUCCGUGAAACGCGUUCUACGUUGUCCAUCUUCUCAGAAGACCUUAUCUCCUCCGCAUCACCCCCCUACUAUCCACUCACGUCUUCUGAUCUAGACGCUCUAGAAUCUACCAUCACUCAAGAUGGCCUGACGAUCAAAAAUGAAUGGUUUGCGUACAACGGCGGUUCCAUCGAUGCGGACAACAAGACGUACAAGAAACCAUUGUUUUUCGACAUCGCAUUGAACUAUGUGCAGCUGGAUAUGGAUAGAUUGCUGGAGAGGGCUGGGAAGGCACCAGCACCGGUACUCGUUACCGUGCAAGCCGUACCUGCGAAAUCACGUUUGGAGGAGGUGGUGAGACCCGAAACACCAGAACCACAGGCGCCUGCGAAGGGUGGACUUAGCAGUUUGCUUGAGGGGUGGUGGGGACGGAAGUAA